AUGGUUAGGAAGAAUUUCUCUACGCGUAAGGAAGAGAUGAGGGCUUCCUUUAUGUAUCAGUCGCUCCACCAGGACGUCGUGAAGGCAGUCUCCGACAAAAUCGCGUCGACGAGGUUCCACGAAAAGAGUAACAGCAGAGAUUCUAACAACGAAUACUCGACCCACGUUAUAGGCCGCUUCAAGUGCAACAACAAUGCCUGUUCCAAGGAUGGUUGGAGCAGCAAGAAGGUGGCCAUAUUAAUAAGAGGAUAUCCUGGGAAUGGGUACAAUGCUGUGGUGUUCAAUCAACGUUGCAAGUCUUGCAACAAGCUAGGCACCCUAACACUGGACGAGGAAUCAUAUGUCGAUCGAGUCGCAUACAGGCUCAAGAAGUGGGCAGGCGUUCCAAUGGAGCGGCAAUACUAUACCCCAAAAGGAGGCCUGCCGCACGAGAGCAGCCUUGGCGAAGGUUGUAAGAGAGGUGUUUGUCGGCAGACGAAUGGCUGGGUGUAA